AGAAGCUAAACUGAAAGAGUGCAGUGUGUGACAGUAAGAGAAGAUGUUGUCGAUCCUGAUUCUUACUGCUUUCCUUUUUAAAGCCUCCAUGUCGCAGAUCACUGGCUAUGGAAAUACAACAGCUGGCUUUGGCGGGGAUGCACACUACUCAUGUGCACUAGCCAAUCCUACAGGUGUGCUGCAGGUCACAUGGCAGAGGCUUUACAGGGAAGAGUCAAUUGAGAAUUUGGCAACCUACAGCAAGCGGUUUGGACAGCAAGUAAACGAUCCCCACAGGGGGAAAGUGAUCUUCACAGAGGCGUCUCUCGGCUCCACAUCCAUCACUCUGAAGAACGUAACAUGGGGGGACGAGAGCUGUUAUAUCUGUUCUUUCAAUGCCUACCCUGAUGGGUCAAAAAGAAAGCAGACUUGCCUCACGGUGCAAGGGAUAUCCAAGGUGGAAACGGAAGUGCAACCUCUUCACAGUGAUCUUGAGAAAGAACACGUGGAGGUUGUGUUCAGCUGCUCUGCUACAGGUAAACCAGCUCCAACCAUCCAGUGGGACUUCUCACAGGGUGCCACCAGCUCAAACCAAACGCAGACUACGACAGUGGUAAACGGGGACCACACAUUUACCAGCAGCAGAAACGUCACUGUGCAGGUACCUGCAGGAUGGAAGGGGCAUGUGGACUGUCUGCUGAACACUGGAGCGGCGGGACAAAGGCGGGAGAGGAUUCAUUUUUCUUUACCUGACCGGAAGAAGAAAAAGGAGGGGAAAGGAUGGUCUCCAUUAGUGAUUGCACUUGUAAUCACUGCUGUAUCGAUUAGCUCAUUGAUCCUUGUUGCUGCUGCAAUUAAACAAAAAAGUUUAAAGGGUUCCAGAGGAAAUGAAAAUGUUAUAUGAGCCUUCCACGCUGCUGUCGAAGACUUAUCACUGUGGACAUUCAAGCAUUAUGAAUCUGCAUUUUAAUGCAUCUAAGUUUAAGAGGAGGAACAGUGAGUUAAGCUCAAAGCUGCUAUCUGAGAUACAUUUUCCACAGAUAGUUUUCUUAUCUACCUUUCUUUUUAAUUCCAAUACUCAACACUUUAACUGUUUACUAGACAAGCAAAGCACUUGUUAAAGCUUUGUAGAAUGUAAAGUUGUAUAGGAGUUUUACAACAGAACAACUGUGAGAUAAUGUGAGCUGAGAAAUAUGUUGUUUACAAAGAGCAUAAUUAACUUUAAGAAGUUAACUUUGCUCUUAUUCACAGUUACUAUGACUGCAACAUGUGCAAUAGUAAAAGUUUGGUAGAUUACCAGCUAACAAGCUGAUGAGUUUUGGUGAAAACAAGGGAAAUGGGCCGUGGAGCUUUACCGCCAUCUAGUGUUUGUUUGUGGGGAAGAAGAAGACGAGCCCAAGGUCUCACCAAGGAAUGUUUUUACUUUAUUAUCUUUACAGCAAAUUGUAACUGUUUAUCUGAUUAAGUGAUCUUCUAAGUUGACAUGUGCAGGCGGUUAUUCUAUUGCAAAUUUGCAUAUUCAAAUCUAGCUAUAUGUACUCCAUUUAUAAUAUGCAUAAUUGGGUACGCAAUGACAUACUAUAUAAAUAUUUGUGUUGCACUUUAAUAUUUGAUGUUCAUGUGCUGUUAUUUAUUGCUCAAUGGGCUUUUUCUCUGAUACACAUUGACUGUAGGAUUGUAAUUGUGAUUGUGAUAGUUUGUGGGGAGUAGUAUUGUUAUGACUCACUGUCAAAAGGUUCAUGGAGUUUCAAAUGAGCUAAUCUUUUACUCAAUAUGUUGUUAUAAUUUAUUCUCUGACGCUCAUAAUGUGAAAAUUGAUUUUUGUUUAGUAAAUAAAGAUAAAUAAAUUAUAG